AUGGCUGGAUUAUCGAUUUGGCAUGUACUUAUUUUUGCAAUCGUUGUGAUUCUACUAUUUGGUACAUCAAAGCUAAAAAACUUAGGUAAAGAUGUUGGUGGUGCCGUAAAAGAUUUUAAGAAAUCAAUUAAAGAAGAAGAGGCAACAACUGCUUCACUGACUGAAACGCGUACACUAGAACAUCAAACUAGCAAUACUGAUGUGAACUCUACAUGUUUGGGAUCAUUGCGCUCUUGGUAUUGGGACCAGAUAAACUUCCUGAAGCUGCGCGUUUUGCUGCCAAAUGGUAUAGCAAAUUUAAACGUGCAAUUAGUAGUGUCCAAAAUGACAUCGACCGUGAAUUACGUCUUUCUGAAUUUAGAGAACAAAUGCAACAAGAGAUGCAAAAAAUUCAAGAACUUGAACAAAAAAUGCAGGCUCAAAUGCAAGAGUUACAACAACAAAAAAUUGCUGUAG